ACUAAAUAGCUUUUUUAUUUUCCAAAGGCUUCUGGGAGAUUUUUUCAGCUGUUUCUUUGUUGCUGCAUGCGUUUGUCACGGUUCGGGUGCACUAUGAUGAAGACAGUAGCUGCGAUCUAAACCACGCUGCAGGAGAAGCACCACCAUGGAGGGCCAUGGUAGCAUCCACUCCUGGUUUGCCCACCCCGUGUAUGGCCGCUACUGGCAGCAUUACCAGCAGGCUAUGAAUUGGCACGAGAGACACAGGCAGGCCUACAGAAAGGCCUGGGAGGCAGCCUACGGGCCAGGGUACCCCCAACGCUAUGCAGACUGGCAUGGGGGAGAGAGUGGGGGGAGGAGGGCAGAGGAGACGGUCGCUGCUAAGGACCAUGUGGAGGAGGAUUUAGAGGGGGGCACAGAUGAUGGGGAAAGUGGCUCAGACAACGAGAUCGAAUGUGACGUCAGCAACAUGGAGAUCACAGAGGAGCUGCGCCAGUAUUUUGCCCAGACUGAGCGGCACAAGGAGGAGCUCAAGAAGCAGCAGCAGCUGGAGGCGGAGCAGCAGGAGACCUACGUGUUGGCCGACCAGGACAUGCACAGAAUUUCCUGGAGCAGCAGGUCGCUGCCCCCCUCUGAGCGGCCGGGUGAGCGCCGAGGCGCUGAGAUGAAGAAGCUGUACGGCGAAGACGCUGCAAAGAUCCAGGGCAUGGAGACGGCCAUGCAGCUCACCUUCGACAGAAACUGUGACAAGAAACAGCCCAAAUACUGGCCCGUCAUCCCUCUAAAACUGUAGCUCCACUGGAGCCCACCCACUGCUCCAGUCUAGACAACCCCCUGAAACAUAGCUGAGAAACUGGGUCAUGUUCAGUAGGGAGGAAACUGUUUGAAACAGGGAGGUACUACCUGCAACCUGAUCAAAGUACCUAAACAUUCCCCCUUUCACCAUAACAUUUUAUGUCAACCAACAUUUAGGAGGGAAUUUUGUUUCUGUCAUUCUUACCCAGUUAUUUCUGUUCCUCUGGUUUCACAAUGAAAUUACAAAU